UUCCUGGUGGUGUGGGCCAAAGGACUGUCAGUCUAUGUGUCAAAUUUCAAAACUAACCAACGAGAAACGACAAUCGCCCAGACAAGCGAUUGGAUACCGAUUCUUGGGCGGAAUCCUUUGCCUCCAGCCAUCCAGCCACAGCAGCCUCAAAAGGGGGGGUCAGGUCGGUGGGGUCAUGAUGCGGUUACUGCUCAUCUGGGGCGGGUGGAGCUGGCUGGGCUGCUGGUCCGUCGUGGCCUCGGACAGGCCGCCUUACGCCUCGCCCUUGGAUCAGCCCCCGGAUACUGCCCAUUGGAUCAACCCGCAUGACAUGGGUGGCAAGCCCUUAGCUCCCUCCCAAAUGCUAGCGCAAGCCAGUCGAGCCUCCAAGCACGCCCCCCCGCCCACCUCGCCCCCGUCCGCUUCGAUUUUAGUCAAAUUGGCGGCUUGCUCGGAUUGUGCGCAAGUGGCGCAAUCACUGGAGGCGUGCCAGAGCCAACUAGCCGCCGCCACUGGCCCGGCCGGGGCUGACAGUCGGGCCGGGUCGGACCCGCGCCCUCCCGGCUGUGAUCGGCCCUUCUUGGAGCGAUAUGUCCGAUUUGUGCUGCGCACAUUCCGCGCUUAUGAAGGCGGUAUCUUGCAAUCCGAGCGAUUGCGGUACCGCGUCCAAGUGGGGUUCGCCCAAAGCGACCUCCAAGACCUGCAGACCUUUGUCCAAGGUCAUGCCCGCGUCACUCUGUCCGAUGUGGACCGCAUUCUGAGCGAUAUGUUUGUGCGGGUGGUCUCAGUUCAGGCCCACGAUCCUCCGGAUCCGGCUGACCCGCCUCCCCCGGACUACACGCGUUGGCUUCUGGCCUAUGUCCCGAGUCAGCCGGAUCUGUUCUGGCUCUUGGUGUGCGCCUUGACCGUCCUGGUCUGGUACCUGAUCAUUCGCGGCUCAUCGGGACGGCGGGUCUUUGGCAUCAUUUUCGGCGUGUCGACCCUCUGGCACGGCACGUUUCUGUAUAAGCGAGCCGUGGCCAAGAAGAUGGCCGAUAUCUCGGACAUGCCUCACGUGCCUCCGGAAUGCUUCCCCAGUCAGAUGGGCUGGACUAGUUUCCUCGUCCAGACCCUGUUCUCGAGCUCGAGUCGGAAGUGUCUCGAAUAUCACGAAGCGCUCAUGAUCGAUCCGCUGCUGGAAGUGUCGCCCAUCAUGGCCGUGGUCGAGACCUUCACCCGCAUGGUCCUGCACCCCUUGGAGCACUUGGGUUUGAAUCUGAGCAAAUUCUUCCGCAGUCUGAGCUCGGAACUGAGUUGGACCGCAUCGCCCUUCGUCAUGGGCUUCAUGUUCUUGUUCAUCAUCCUGAUGUGCAUCAUGAUGUUUGGUUAUCGAUUUCGAUUGCCCUUUUUCCUGGGUGCCCUCGAACCCCACCAUGCCGGUCCACAGGCCACGCCCAAAUCGGCCUCCAUGGAGAUCCAGGCGUUGAAGCAAGAGAUUCAGCUGCUCAAACAACUCAAUGAGAAUGCCAUGCUCUACCAAAAGCCGGCCGCCACCCUUCAACGUGUUCCCAGUGCAUUGGAACCCAGUCGGGACUGUCACCCGCGCUUGCAAGAAUUGCCCCGGAGUCAUUCGGUGGCGGGUCGGUUGCCCGUGGAGUCCGAGGCCGACGAGUAUAAGAUUCUGAGCCCGCCGCCAAAGUCUCACCCGGAUUCCCUGCGCAAAUCGCCCAAGAAAAAGCUAGUGGCCAAGGGCGAUGUGACCAGUCCCCAAGACACGGAUUUCGAGUGGGUCACUGAGCAGGAUAGCGAUGAGGGCGAGGACGAUAAACCUGCGCCUGACCCGGUCCAUCCGGACCCGAUGGAGGUGAAGUCAAAGCUGGAUUUCGAGGCUUUGAAUGACGUGGGCAUUCGCAACCAAGAGUACUUGAAGAAGAUUGAAGAAAUCUUCGAGGAACCCCCGCAAGUCGACGAGUAUUAAACCCUACUUUCCAAAGGCAUUAUAUACACAUAUACACACGCAUAACAUUGUUGUUUUAUCUCCCAAUAAAUGGACGACUCCA